CUCGGGCUUGGUCACGUGAUCCCCGCCCAGCCCCUGCUCGGUGUAUUCCGGAGACAUGGAGCUGCCGGCGGUGAACCUGAAGGCGAUUCUCUUUAUUCACUGGUUGCUGACAGUCUUUGCAGGGCUGGUCGAAUGGGUUCCGAAUGCCUAUUAUCUGUCCAACGUUUCCGUCCUGGCGAUCGGUGUCUGGGCCGUGGCGCAGAGGGACUCUGCCGAUGCCAUCUUCAUGUUUUUCUUUGGGCUGGCGCUGACGGUUGUGACGGAUAUCCUUAUCUUCGCGUUAUAUUACGCCGGGAUGGAGAAGCGUUAUGAUGACACCGCGCUGCGAGAUCUCUUUCGGUUCAGCGGCGGCAUGGCCAUCCUGAGCCUGCUUCUCAAACCCCUGUCCUGCUUCUUCUCCUAUCACAUGUACUGCGAGCGGGGGGGGGAAUGUAGCGUCAGCUUCGGAUUCAUGAACGUGUCGCGAGAUCGCGCCUCCUACCAGACCAUCGAUCACGUCGACGCUCCGGCGGAAGACAAGAUAUCCCCGCGCUCCUAUUAACGCUCGCCGACUGCCAUCGCGUCCAGCUGUGAAACCCUCCUCCUGCGCUUCGUUUAUCAUCCGGCGGCCGACCCCGUCCCUAAAAUCCAGAAUAUAGAGGACGCCGCGAGCCGCUCUGCUCUGACCGAGGGGGGUCCGUCUAUGUGAAAUAAUGUGACUUAUUAGCACUGCCUUCCGGCCAUCUCAACAGGGUGGCUGGUCUGGGGAUUUCUACUACUUCAUAGUUCUAGAAGCCACGGCUCUCACUGUGAAUAUAUAUAUAUUUUGUUACCAAAUUGUCUGCACUUUCAAAUAUAUUUUAUGGAAUGAAACAAAAUAUCCUUAUCGCAACUGCUGGAAGUACCUUAGCAACGUACUUUAUAUAUUUACUGCUUCCACGGAUACAAGAAUGUCAAUAAAAAACACACAUGGUUAAAUAUGA